UGAUAACACUAGUGCUCUGCGCACGCGCCGGUCCACACUGCUGCACGACGCGCCGACCUGCGCGUACGACACUACGACACUUCUCCUCCACGACUUAGUUACAGUGAACCGGCAGUAAUGGUGGUGUGCAGCGUGUUCCGCGUGACGUCACGGCUGGCCCGCAGCAGUCUCGGCGCGCAGUGCUGCGCCCGCGCACUAUACAGCACGGAACACAAAGCUCGUUUUUACACAAAGAAACACGAGUGGGUGUCGGUGAGCGACAACAUUGGCACUGUCGGCAUCUCCAGCUACGCACAGGACGCGUUGGGUGAGGUGGUAUACGUGCAGCUGCCGGAGGUGGGUAAGCAGAUCGCGGCCGGCGACGAGUGCGGCGCCCUCGAGAGUGUCAAGGCAGCUAGCGAAGUCUACAGCCCAGUCUCUGGCACCAUAACAGAAACGAACAAAGAAGUGGAAUCUAAACCAGCGCUCAUCAACAAAUCUUGCUACGAGGAAGGCUGGCUGUUCCGCGUGAAGCUGGCGAGCCCUGAGGAGCUGCAGCAGCUGAUGGACCAGGCCGCCUACGACAAGUACCUGGAGGAGCACUGACCAGCCACCCAGCUUAGAUAUAGGACCGUAUUUAUACUGUUGUUGUAUUUCCUUGCAUUCCUCUACUCACACUAGCUGUAAGUUGUGUUCACAUAAACAAAUCAUUCAACCCUAGCUCUGGACGUGGCUACUCCUGCCACGAACUGUUCUCCAUGUCAUUGGACCGUACUUCUCAAUAAUUUGAACUGACGCCGUGAACUUCCCACAGAGGCUCUCUAUAUUCAUAGUGUGUUAUGUAAAACUAGGUAUCUUAUGCAUGUAAUGUGUUGUGAUAAUUAAAGGUUUCUUUUUGC